UUUGCUGUCUGUAUGUGUGCUGCAGGAGAAUCCUUGAGUACAGAAGAGUGAACAGACAGACAGCGUAAAGCAGACAGACUAACCCACCGAUUCAUCAUGCAGACCUUAAGCUUCUUUCUAGUUGUGUUUUUACAGGUUUCUGCCCCCUUUGUGUCUUCUGCACCAACUCAGUGUCCGAGCCUGUGCCAUUGCCACGGGGAUCUUCAGCAUGUUAUCUGUGACAACGUGGGUUUGAAAAAGAUCCCUCGUGUAUCCGAGGCCACCCAACUGCUCAACCUCCAACGUAACAACUUGGGAAAUCUUCCAACCGGGGGCUUUAGCGAGAUGAAGGGGCUCAUUUCUCUGCACCUGCAGCAGUGUCAGAUUCGGGAGAUCUCCAAACAGGCUUUCAAAGGACUGAAUAAGCUUAUCUACCUCUAUUUGUCUAACAACGAGAUCAGCGCCAUUAAACCAGGAGCGUUUGAGGACCUUACUGAACUGACGUAUCUGCACUUGGAUGGUAACCAAAUCUCGAGCCUUUCAAAGGGCAUCUUCUCUCCCAUGAUCAACCUGUUUACCUUACAGCUUGACAACAACAAGCUCCGUGAACUGCAGCCAGGUACCUUCACGGGUGCUAAAGAUCUCAGAUGGCUCCAUAUGAGUGGCAACGAGUUAAGUGCCCUGCUGCCGGGAUCUCUUGAUGAAGUGGAGAACCUGGCCAUUCUAACCCUGGACCGCAACAAGCUGUCCACCUACCCUAUUCAGGCUAUGAGCAAGCUGCGUGUUAUCGAGGAACUCAAUCUGUCCAAAAAUCCUCUCAACUUCAUACCCGACUACGCAUUUAGGAGUUUUGGACGCUAUAUGGAGAAGCUUUAUCUAAACGACAUGGGCUUGGAGAAGUUCUCCAAUGCUGCCUUUGAGGGAGUGACCGCUCUUAAAUCUCUGCAUCUUGAGAACAACAAACUAAGGUCCCUGUCGAACAGCCUGGAGUUCACCACCCUCCAAAACAUCACUCUGUUUAACAACCCAUGGAGCUGCACCUGCCAGUUAGCCAACCUUAAAAAAUGGAUGGACACUAGUCGCCAACGUCCUGAUGCAGUCUGUGCUUCUCCUGGAAGCCAGAGAGGCAAGCAAAUAAGGGACAGCACUUCUUUCAACCGCUGCAAGGCAAAGACAAACAGAGCCAAGAAGGGAGCAGCACGACUUUGAGAUGUUGAGGACGACAAGGAGUCGACUGUGUUCCCAGGACGUCAAGGAGAUGACUGUCCAGGUUUAGAAAAGGAAAUCAAUGCAAACCGCUACAUUGAGACUGUCAGUUUCCUCUUUCACACUUUUUGUGUGACGUAUAUAUGCGCUGACUCAAUUCAUACUAGAUAACAUGAAUAGCAUAAAUGUGUGUUUGAACAAUGACAAGCAUCCAAAGGGAGCAAUUUUUAAAUUGAAAGAAUUUGUUCAUUUAACUUCUACACUUUGUUUUAUUGCUCUAUCAAUAUUACAUGAAUAUAGUGUCAAUAAUAAGUGUUAUCGUAAGUUUAUAUGACUUCUGAUAACCUGAUAAGAAGGUCCAAAUAACAUCUGCAUUUAUUUUGGUGGAAAUCUUUAAUUCUGUGGAAUAGAUUUAAAGAUGGUACAGUGUGCUGGUAGUACUACUCUCUUAUUGGCAACUGUUAGUAUUAUCUAAACAAUAUCUCAAAUAUUUAAUAAAUAUAACACAAAAGGGCGAUUAUGGGAUACAAUUGGUUAACAGCCACAGACUAGAUGAAGUCUGCAGAUGAUCCUUUUUUCCACUUCUGCACAUUUUUGUGUACAGUUACAUAACUGUUAGCUACUUCCAAUAAACAGCAUGACAUGUUUACCCAUA